GGCAAAAGCCAGAAAUUCCUGAGUGAUUGCUAAGCAUUUGGGCUAUUCCAUUCUCCGCUGUCUGGAGAGUUCUUCGAUCUGUGACGAAAGUUGGCGUUCAUCAAUUCUUCUGAAUCACGAUGUCUGCUGUUCAAGCCGAAGAGGCUCCUGCUGCAAAUACAACAGAAAAGCCAGUCCCCGCUGAAAAAGGCAAACCAGCCGUUCAUAAGACGGAUUAUGAGAAAGAUGUUGUAUAUCUCUAUCAGUUUACGCGAUGCCCAACAUUGCCCUCAGCGUCCCCAUUCUGCCUCAAGGUAGAAACAUGGUUAAGGAUGGCCGAAAUCAAAUACGAGAAUGUAGAUCACAAAUUGAAGUAUAAAUCCAGGAAGGGUCAACUUCCUUUUAUAGAGGUUAAUGGUGCUGAAAUCGCAGAUUCUGACAUAAUAAUCCAUGAGCUGAGUCAAAUGUUUGGGAAAGACUUGGACGAAAACUUGACUGUAGACCAGAAAAAUGUCAGUCAUGCAUUUGUAUCAAUGUUGAAUAAUCACACUAGUUGGGUAAUGAGAUGGUGGCGUUAUAGCCAUCCUGGUGAAUUUUUGAAGUCGGCUCAAAUGGACAUCAAACGAACUCUAAACUCCAAAUUGCCAAAAAGUGUUCUUCACUUUUUCUUUAAACUUGGCUUCAAGAGCAAUAUCAAACGUGCAGUCGGCCAUGGAGUGGGUCGUCACAACUCGGAUGAAAUCUAUGAAUUUGGAAAGAAAGACCUUAAAGCUCUCAGUGAAUAUUUGGCAGAAAAGCCUUACUUCUUUGGUGAAGAGCCUCACUUGCUGGAUUGUGUGGCUUUUGCUCACAUCUGCCAGUUCGUGUACAUUCCUUUUGGUGGUAUGAAGGAAUACCUGGAGUCGGACUGCACGAACCUCCUCUCAUUCGUCGACCGCAUGAAGGAGCGCUUCUGGCCCGACUGGGACGAGAUGUGCAAGACGCUCGAGCUCAACACCCACCUGCCCAAGAAAGCAGUGGAACCUGCCAAGGAAGAAGAAGGAGAGGAGAAGAGCAAAGAGACUGAAGAUGCCAGCGAGAAGAAGGAAGAGAAGAUAGAAGAGACGAAAGUGGAAGAGGCCAAAGAGGAAAGCAACGAAACAAAAGAAUGAAGACAUUCUGUUGAAGCUUUUGGAUGGAUCAGUGUCGUGCGUGUAUCUGCAGCUUUUUCAGUUUUUAUCCCUCAUUCCACAGAUUCUCUUCUCUUUUCCAUGAGCUCGAUGCCACUCGAUGGAGUGCUUACACAACACUGGCAGCUCUGGAUGUUGCUCAAGUUUUUUGAUGUUAGGAAUUUUUUUAUUCCUAUCAUUUACAUUUCUACACUAGUCUUUUUAACAUUUCCACAAAACCUGCACUACAAGUGCAAGCGUAUUAUUUUCCCCCCUUAAAACCACCUACUUAAAGCUUUAUCUUAUAAUUUUUGUGCCCCUUUUGGGCUUUUAUUUUUAUAACCUUAUAUUGACUUCGUUGUCAUGCAUUUUGAUUAUUUUUAAUCGUGGAAGCUACAAUUUUACGUGAUAUUUUAUUAAUGUAUCAUUUUUUUUACGAUUAUUGUAUUUUAAAAGGAGCAACUUUAAAGCAAGAACGAUGAUAUUCUGUUGCGUUUACAUAUUCUAACAUUUGUGAAAAUUUUAUGUCAAUUUUAAUGGAAUUACACCUUUUUGCUGUGCAUAUUUGUCAAGCUUUUUGCACUCAAUAUGUGGAAUGUCUCAUGUAUACCCAAAAAACGUUUUUAAAUUGUAUACCUUUGUAUCUUGUAUUAACUGUUAAUAAGUAAAGCUUUACUGUGUA